AUGGUUAGUACAUUUAUCACAUCUUUCUUUAUUUAAAUUAAUACUUUGCAGGAAGAUAAUGCUAAUGAAUCUAGUAAUUAUUCAGAAGAAAGAACUUUCAUAGUUCACGAUUCAAUUGUGACUGAAUCACCAAGUUGGAUGAAAUACGAAAAUCUUAAUACAAUGCAGAAUCAUGACUCUCAAUCCAGUGAUUAAUCAAUCUUUCCAUCCAGAUUUAAUCCCUAGGUUUAAUAGUAGGACGAAUCCUGCUCUGUAAAUGAUUAUGAUGUCUCUUUCAAUAGAAGCUAAUUGAAAAAGAACUAGAUGACCAAACUUUUGCCAUAAUUCUUAAAUGGAAUAAAAAUUGCCCAGGCAAUUAGAUCUCCAAAAGCAGAAUAAAUGAAAGAAAAUCAAGAUUCUAACAUUAAACAGCUUGAUUAAUCAAACCAGCUUUUGGAUGCAAAUCAAUCUACAAAAAUUAUAAAUCAAACUUAUGCAAUGAGAUUCUAAAAUCAAACAGAAUAAACAAGGCCAUUAAUAAUUUCAGAGUAGUCUUCGUUUUGUCAGAUCGUUAAAAAAUCACACUUCGGCUAUCAAACUAAUAAGGACUCUGAUAAAAAUUAUCUUAAGAUAGAAAUGACUAUCCCGCCUAAAAAUCUACUUAAAUAAUUCACUCAUAAUCUGCUAGAAACAUAUAAAAAAAUAGAAAAAAAGACAAGGAAAAAUAAAAUAAGGCAGAGUAUGUCAUCAAGCGAAUGCAAAGGUGUCUUCGGUGUAGUCAUACAAGCAAUUGAUCUAAAGUAAAAUAACAAAGUUGUAGCAAUCAAAGUACUUAAAGACUCAAAAGAUUGCAGAGAUUAAGCUCUAAGAGAAAUUGAAAUGCUUAAACUUCUAAAUAUGAUUGAUCAUGAAAAGGGAUUUAUAGUAAGAUAUAUAGAUAGCUUCAAGUAUAAAAAGAGAAAUUUUUGUCUAGUCUUUGAAUCCCUUGAGAUGAAUCUAUACUAACUUCUAUCUCUCAAACGUGAUAAAAAAGAUAAUAAUAAUUACAAGUAAAAAGGAUUAAAAUUGGAAUUUGUUAAGAUUAUAGCUUAUCAAAUAUUAGUUGCACUUAGUUUGAUGGGAAUGCCAAAUAUUAACAUUAUUCACUGUGAUCUUAAGCCAGAGAAUAUAAUGCUGAAAGAACUUGGUAAAACUGGAAUUAAGAUCAUUGAUUUUGGAAACGCUUGCUAUUCAAAUCAAAAGAUGUUUAAGUACAUCUAAUCGAGAUACUAUAGAGCGCCAGAGAUUAUUAUGGAGUUACCUUACUCAACUUAGAUUGAUAUAUGGUCUCUCGGCUGCAUUCUCUAUGAGUUGCAUUUUGACGAUGUUUUAUUUAGAAGUGAGAACACCUCUAAUAAGUUCAAUCAGCUUGAAAAAAUAAUCGAAGUAAAGUAAGAAUUUCCUACUUAGCAAAUGAUUGAGAACUCACCUUUCAAAAGUGAUCUUCGAAACUUACACCUUCUAAGUAAAAUCAAGCAAUCAGGUAUAGGAUUUGAAAACAUUCUAAAAAAGAAAAUCCAGGAUGACCCAGACUUUUAGUAGUUUUAUAAAAGGAAUGCUUGCGAGUAUAACAGAUUUUUCAAUCUAUUAUCAUUGAUGCUCGAAUAUGAUCCUUCUAAAAGAUUAAGACCAAUGGAAUAAGAGUUAAAUGAUUCUUAAUCAAUAAUCAGUGACUCAGACCUUGCUUCGACUCCUGAUGAUGAAAAUAAUGAUAGUGAUAGUAUAGAGGAUGAAGACCUUGAUAGACUAGAUAUUGCUAAUGAAAUUGAGACUAUGAAUCAAAGAAGCAAUAGAUUAAUUCCUUUAAAUCAAAUGAGUUUUGGUGGAAAGUUAAACAUAACUAAUAAUCAACCAUUCACAUAUGAGCUUAAUAACUUGAGACGCUUGGGCACUAUUGAUUAAAACGAGUAUGAAGAAGCACUUUAGAGACUGCAAAAAGAUCAGGUUUUGCAGGUUAAUAAGGAAUAUACAGUUCAUGUGAAUAGAGAUAAAAACCAAAUUAUAAAUUUCCUAAUGCAUACUGAAUAAUUUAACGAGUCGUCAUUGAUUGAUGGCAGUGAUUAAAAGAGCUAACUGCAGGAAGAUAGUUUAUUUAAUUAGAAUCAAGCUGAUCAAUUUAUGGAAUUGAAUGCUAAUAGAUUAUUUCCUUUCACAUAUUUACCCCCUGCACCUGUGCCUUAGUAAAAUUUAGAUUAAAAGAAUAUUGGAUUGAGAAAUAACAUGUUUCUAAGAUAAAAUUUAGAUGAGUCCUCAUAUGACUAAAAUAAUAGUCUUUCUGGAAUAGAUGAUAGGUCUAAUAGCAAUAGUGGGUAUAAUGUUAGAGAUGAUACCUCAAUGAAUUAUUCAAAUCGUCUUGUUACCUAGAAUAAUCAACACCAGACUAGAUUCUAAAACUACUCAGCUCAGAAUUCGUUCAUGAUUACUUAAUAGAAUGCUCAGAACUCAAGGCUAACAACAUUUUAAAAUCUAUUGAAUGAUGACACUAAUAAUGACUAAGAAUCAAGAUAAAAAUAUCAUCUGAUGAUAGCAAACUAUUAGGAUUAGAGUUUAGUCAAGGGAUAAACAAUAAAUAGCCCACCUUCACAUGUUCAAACAUAGAGUCCUUUUUAUUCUCACAAUGGAGCAUCAUCUAAUGUGAAAUUGAAAUACUCACACUUAAAUAACACUGAUAACAAUAAAAAUCCUUGCGAGAGUUUCUAUACUAAUCUGAAUGUAACUGACCCAUUUACAACAUAAGCCAUAAUGAAUAAUAAGAAGAGAUAAGGGGAUGAGGCAUACUAAAAUAAUAAUGACUCCUCAAACGUUUCCUAAGAAUUUCCUUAAAACAUAAAUAACCAAAGAAAUAGAAUCCAUAAUCUCUAAGAUAGUCUUGAAAAUCAGAGUAUGGAAAGUAAAUAUGUUCCUGUAGUAUCUGCUAGAGUGAAUCUUCACCAUAAUAAUCAAUAACUAAUUCUUGAUAAAAGUCCUGUAAUUUAAGGGAUAAGCAGAACAAAUACAAUAGAUAAAGGUUUAGAUGACUUAAAUCCUUUACUAAUGCUUUCAACCUAAUAAUCUAAAGACUAUGGAAGGAAUCUAUUUCUAACUAGAUUUAGGUCAAACUGUGCUUCCCAGAAAUCAUUUAACAAUGAAACUAACGACCCUUCUCCAAUUAACUGCAAGUAUACUAUCUCACCAAUAAAUUAGUAGAGAAGAGACGAUGAGGCUGAUGCCUAAUAUGACAAUGAUCAGAUUAACUGGGGUCUAAGCCAUGCCAUAAAGACAUUAAGAAUAGAUAAUGUGUUAGAUUCUUUCAAGAAAUGA